GCCCAGCACAGGCAUUGUAGCAGACGGGAGUUUCUCCUUGGGGUCUGAGCAGGAGGUACCCAAGAAUCUCAGGCCGCGCAUGAGUGGACGGUAACCCCCCAACCCCAAGCCCCAAAGAGUCUACAUGUCUAGGACCUAGACAUGUUCAGCUUUGUGGAUGCCCGGCUCCUGCUGCUCUUAGCAGUCACUGCCGUCCUCACCCAUGGCCAAGACGAAGAAGACAUUCCAGAAGGCACCUGUGUACAGAAUGGCAUAAAGUACAACAACGGGGAAGUAUGGAAACCUGAGACCUGCCAAAUCUGUGUCUGCGACAACGGAAGCAUCCUGUGCGACGAAAUCAUCUGUGAAGACGUUUCCAACUGUCCCAACGUCCAGUAUAAAGACGAUGAGUGCUGCCCCUCCUGCCUUGGUGCCGAUGCCGCUUCACCAUCCUCUCCCGGAGAAACAGGAGCCGAGGGUCCCAAAGGAGAUACUGGACCCCGAGGUGAAAGGGGACUCCCAGGCCCACCUGGAAGAGAUGGCAUCCCAGGACAGCCUGGUCUCCCCGGCCCCCCUGGUCCCCCUGGUCCCCCUGGCCUUGGAGGAAACUUUGCUCCCCAGAUGUCUUAUGGCUAUGAUGAGAAAUCAGCUGGCAUCUCUGUGCCUGGACCUAUGGGACCCUCUGGUCCUCGUGGUCUCCCAGGGCCCCCUGGUUCACCAGGUCCCCAAGGUUUCCAAGGCCCCCCUGGUGAACCCGGAGAGCCUGGAGCUUCAGGUCCCAUGGGUCCCCGAGGUCCUGCUGGUCCUCCUGGCAAGAACGGAGAUGAUGGUGAAGCUGGCAAACCUGGUCGUCCUGGUGAACGUGGUCCUCCUGGUCCUCAGGGUGCUCGAGGUCUGCCCGGAACUGCUGGUCUCCCUGGCAUGAAGGGACACCGGGGUUUCAGUGGUUUGGAUGGUGCCAAGGGAGACAGUGGUCCUGCUGGUCCUAAGGGUGAGCCUGGCAGCCCUGGUGAAAAUGGAGCUCCUGGACAAAUGGGCCCUCGUGGUCUUCCUGGUGAGAGAGGCCGCCCUGGACCCCCUGGCCCAGCUGGUGCUCGUGGUAAUGAUGGUGCAACUGGUGCUGCUGGACCCCCAGGUCCCACUGGUCCUGCUGGUCCCCCUGGUUUCCCUGGUGCUGUUGGUGCUAAGGGUGAAGCUGGUCCCCAAGGAGCCCGUGGCUCUGAAGGUCCCCAGGGUGUCCGUGGAGAGCCUGGUCCCCCUGGCCCCGCUGGUGCUGCUGGCCCUGCUGGUAACCCUGGUGCUGAUGGACAACCUGGUGCCAAAGGUGCCAAUGGCGCUCCUGGAAUUGCUGGUGCUCCUGGCUUCCCUGGUGCACGUGGUCCUUCUGGACCUCAGGGCCCCAGUGGUGCUCCUGGUCCCAAGGGUAACAGUGGUGAACCUGGUGCUCCUGGUAACAAAGGCGAUGCUGGUGCCAAAGGAGAACCUGGCCCCGUUGGUGUUCAAGGACCCCCUGGCCCUGCAGGUGAGGAAGGCAAGAGAGGAUCCCGUGGUGAACCUGGACCUACUGGUCUGCCCGGCCCCGCUGGUGAACGAGGUGGUCCUGGAAGCCGUGGUUUCCCUGGCGCUGAUGGUGUUGCUGGUCCUAAGGGUGCUCCCGGUGAACGUGGUGCUCCCGGCCCCGCUGGCCCCAAAGGAUCUCCUGGUGAAUCUGGUCGCCCCGGUGAGGCUGGUCUGCCCGGUGCCAAGGGUCUGACUGGAAGCCCUGGCAGCCCUGGUCCUGAUGGCAAAACUGGUCCUCCCGGCCCCGCUGGACAAGAUGGUCGCCCUGGACCUCCAGGCCCUCCUGGUGCCCGUGGUCAAGCUGGUGUAAUGGGAUUCCCUGGACCCAAGGGUGCUGCUGGAGAACCUGGCAAGGCUGGAGAAAGAGGUGUUCCUGGACCCCCUGGUGCUGUGGGCGCUGCUGGAAAAGAUGGAGAAGCUGGUGCUCAGGGUCCUCCUGGCCCUGCUGGCCCCGCUGGUGAGAGAGGUGAACAGGGUCCUGCUGGCUCCCCUGGAUUCCAGGGUCUCCCCGGUCCUGCUGGCCCUCCUGGUGAAGCAGGCAAACCCGGUGAACAGGGUGUUCCUGGAGAUGCUGGUGCCCCCGGCCCCUCCGGUUCAAGAGGUGAGAGAGGUUUCCCUGGAGAACGUGGUGUCCAAGGUCCUCCCGGCCCUCAGGGUCCUCGUGGUGCCAAUGGUGCUCCUGGAAAUGAUGGUGCUAAGGGUGAUGCUGGUGCUCCUGGUGCUCCCGGUGGCCAAGGGCCCCCUGGUCUGCAGGGAAUGCCCGGUGAACGUGGUGCAGCAGGUCUUCCCGGUGCCAAGGGUGACAGAGGUGAUGCUGGCCCCAAAGGUGCUGACGGUGCUCCCGGCAAAGAUGGUGUCCGUGGUCUGACUGGUCCCAUUGGUCCCCCUGGCCCCGCUGGUCCUUCUGGUGACAAGGGUGAAUCUGGUCCCAGCGGCCCUGUUGGUCCCACUGGAGCUCGUGGUGCUCCUGGAGAGCGUGGUGAGACUGGCCCCCCUGGCCCUGCUGGCUUUGCUGGUCCUCCCGGUGCUGAUGGUCAACCUGGUGCUAAAGGUGAACCUGGUGAUGCUGGUGCCAAAGGUGAUGCUGGUCCCCCUGGCCCUGCUGGACCUACUGGUGCCCCUGGCCCUGCUGGUAAUGUUGGUGCUCCUGGACCUAAAGGUGCCCGUGGCAGCGCUGGCCCUCCUGGUGCUACUGGUUUCCCUGGUGCUGCUGGAAGAGUUGGUCCCCCUGGCCCCUCUGGUAACACUGGACCCCCUGGACCUCCUGGCCCUGCUGGCAAAGAAGGCGGCAAAGGCCCCCGUGGUGAGACUGGCCCUAUUGGACGUCCUGGUGAAGUCGGACCUGCUGGUCCCCCUGGCCCAAGUGGAGAGAAAGGAUCUCCUGGUGCUGAUGGCCCUGCUGGUGCCCCUGGUACUCCCGGACCUCAAGGUAUUUCUGGACAGCGUGGUGUGGUGGGUCUGCCUGGACAGAGAGGAGAAAGAGGCUUCCCUGGUCUUCCUGGUCCCUCUGGUGAACCCGGAAAACAAGGUCCUUCUGGAGUAAGUGGAGAACGUGGCCCCCCCGGCCCUGCUGGACCCCCCGGAUUGGCUGGACCCCCUGGUGAAUCUGGACGUGAGGGCUCUCCUGGUGCUGAAGGCUCCCCUGGUCGUGAUGGCGCUCCAGGCCCCAAGGGUGACCGUGGUGAGGUUGGUCCUGCUGGCCCCCCUGGUGCCCCUGGUGCUCCUGGUGCUCCUGGCCCCGUGGGUCCUGCUGGAAAGGCUGGAGAUCGUGGAGAGACUGGUCCUUCUGGUCCUGCUGGUCCCGUUGGUCCCACUGGUGCCCGUGGCCCCGCUGGACCCCAAGGCCCCCGAGGUGACAAGGGUGAGACUGGCGAACAGGGUGACAGAGGCAUAAAAGGUCACAGAGGCUUCUCUGGUCUCCAGGGUCCCCCUGGUCCUCCUGGCUCUCCUGGUGAACAAGGUCCUUCUGGAGCUUCUGGUCCUGCUGGCCCCCGAGGUCCCCCUGGCUCUGCUGGUGCUGCUGGAAAAGAUGGACUCAAUGGUCUUCCUGGCCCCAUUGGCCCUCCUGGUCCCCGUGGUCGUACUGGAGAUGCUGGUCCCGCUGGUCCCCCUGGACCUCCUGGGCCCCCUGGUCCUCCUGGUCCCCCCAGUGGUGGCUUCGACUUCAGCUUCCUGCCCCAGCCACCCCAGGAGAAGGCUCAUGACUCUGGCCGCUAUUACCGGGCUGAUGAUGCCAACGUCCGUGACCGUGACCUCGAGGUAGACACCACCCUCAAGAGCCUGACUCAGCAGAUUGAGAACAUCCGAAGCCCCGAGGGUACUCGCAAGAACCCUGCCCGCACCUGCAGAGACCUCAGGAUGUGCCACUCAGACUGGAAGAGCGGAGAGUACUGGAUUGAUCCCAACCAAGGCUGCAACCUGGAUGCCAUCAAGGUCUUCUGCAACAUGGAAACUGGAGAAACCUGUGUGUACCCCACCCAACCCAAAGUGGCUCAGAAGACCUGGUACAUUAACAAGAACCCCAAGGAGAAGAAGCACGUCUGGUUUGGCGAGAGCAUGACCGAUGGAUUCCAGUUCGAGUAUGGCGGUGAGGGCUCCGACCCUGCUGAUGUGGCUAUUCAGAUGACCUUCCUUCGCCUGAUGGCCACUGAGGCCUCCCAGAACAUCACCUAUCACUGCAAGAACAGCGUGGCCUACAUGGACCAGCAGACUGGCAACCUCAAGAAGGCUCUGCUUCUCCAAGGCUCCAAUGAAAUCGAGAUCCGGGCUGAAGGCAACAGCCGAUUCACCUAUGGAGUCACCGAGGACGGCUGCACGAGUCACACCGGAAACUGGGGCAAGACAGUCAUCGAAUACAAGACCACCAAAACCUCCCGCCUGCCCAUCAUUGAUGUGGCUCCCAUGGACGUUGGCGCUCCCAACCAGGAAUUUGGCUUCGACAUUGGUCCCGUCUGCUUCCUGUAAACUCUCCCCAUUCCCAACCGGCUCCCUCCCACCCAUCUUCCUUCCCUCUGACCCCAGAAGAAAACAAAAACAACCCAACAGAACAAAAAAAAGUCAAAAAAAGGAGAAAAUUUCACAUGAACUUUGGAAAUUUUUUUUUUCCUUUCCGUUCAUCUCUCAAAACUUAGUUUUCACCUCUGAGAAACCAAAUCUGACCCAAAAAAACAAAGCUAAAUCAAAAGCAUUAAAUCUUACAAAAAAAGAAUAAAUAAAUAACUUUUUAAAAAAAAAGGAAACUUGGUCCACUUGCUUGAAGACCGAUGUGGGGGUAAGUCUUUUUGAGCCCUCUGGGCUUACAGAUGCCCCAGCUUUUGCCAUUCUGUUCCCUUCUCCACCUCUUCCCCUUGGGGACUUCUCCCCCACAGCCUCCCUUCAAUGCAAGUCUCCCCUGCGUCCCAGGAAAUGCUGGGGCAGGCCGUGGUCUUCCUGGCAACAAGAGAACAGAUGCUCCAACACCAAGUGUCUUCGGCCUUACCCCACCCUCUCUCCAUUCCAGCCCCCUACUUCCCUAACCCUCCCCUUCAAGGAGGGGAUGGGGAGAUGGGGUUCCCAGACUCAGCUUCUCUGCUGGUCUCUUUUCUCAAUACCACUGCAAAGGAAGAUGUACUAUCUGAAUGCAAGCCUCUGUACUGCACCCCUCUGUUUGAGAGGAGGAGUGUGUGCGAGGGACCCCACUUGAGGGGGACUUAUUGGGCCUGGAGCUGUCCUAUGAGAUUUUUCCCCCCUGCCAAGUUUAGAGGAGAAUUGGAAAGGGGUAGGGGUGGAGGGACAGUAAAGUGGAACCAGCUGAUUUGGGAGUCCCCACCCCCAACCCCUCCAGGCACCUUCCAAACCUGCCUCUCACACACAGGCAAUGGGGCUGGGUCUGAGAAAUUGUUCAUUCCAUGUAUAUUUCUGUUGUUGAAAGACUACCUCGUACUUGUCUUUUUUCAUGCCAGCCAGGGCAACAUUGUGGGGGCUUGGAAUGGGGGACCUAGGGUGGAGAGGGGAUACUCCUCCUCCUUCUGGGGCUCCCCCUACUUUAAUCAAAGGUGCUAAGUUUGCGUUUCCUUUCCUCCUAGACGUGCUGGGGCUAGGAAAACCAGGCAAGAAUAGACAGCCACCUGGUUUUCCAAACUGGGGGUGGGGUAGGGGAUUGGGGAUCACUGGUGCUAUAGAAAUUGAGACCUCCCCCCACAUGCCAAAGAGUGUUCCCUUUCUGUUUUACGGUCUUUUUUUUCAAAGCUUUUUUUUUUUUUUCAUUUGUUUGUUCUUGGCUUAUGGGAACUCGUGAAUUUUCUAAAGGUGCUAUUUAAAAAGGGACUAAAAAAAGCAGGCUUGAGAUCUGCACCAAAGCUGACUUUUCAUCCUGUCUUCACCAGCAGGUGGAUUCAACUUUCCUUUGAACGGUUUUUUACCCCUCAUGCUUUCUCCAUCUUGCUCUUCUGCCCCCUUUUCUUGCCUCCUACUCACCUCCCUCUUCUCACCCUACCGCUCUCCCCUCUUGCUCUGAAACCCUCUGUCUUUCUCUCCAGCCUUUCCAACCCCUUUCAUUCUGCCCCUUCUCCCCCGCCCCCCAUGCCUCUCUUGCCAUCUCCUCUCUUUGGGUUUCAAAGCACAACUUUUCUAGCCAAGAGGCAGUUUUUCCCCCUAGGGAGUGUGAGGAACCAAAGGAUUCUGUACCUAUUUUGUGUAUGUAUAAUAAUUUGAGAUGUUUUUAAUUAUGUUGACUGCUGGAAUAAAGCAUGUGAAAAUGACCCGAA